GCCCCGCCCCCUUGUGGCCUUGUCCCCGCCCCCGGAAACUGAACUUUCUCACGCUCUCCUCCCUCCCUCCCUUCCUCCCUCCUCCCCCGCCAAGCAAGUGAGGCACUCCGGGCUAUUGUGCGGCGCUCUCGGGGACUCUAGCAAGGAGACCGGCCUGAAGGUUGCUGAGAUGAAAAUGGAGGAACAAGACCCCAUGAGCAGUGUCUUGAGGAACGGCUUUGAGGGACCGUAUGUCCUGCAGGCCAGGAAUACUAGCGUGUUCCCACAGGAGAGGCUGGAAGAGCGGAUUAAAAAGGAGAAAGACGACUGCCACUUCCAGCGGUGGGACCACCAAUGGCAGGAGUUCUUGGAGAGGGUUGAGUCUCCUUCUUCCAUCUGGGGAGGCACGUCAUUAAUGGAGGAGGCCGCCCCCUGGGACGACACCAGGGCCUUCCUGGCCUCUUUCGAGCAAGUGGCCAAAGCCUGCCGGUGGCCCAAGGAGGAGUGGGCCGCCCGCCUCCUGCCUGCCCUUCACGGAGAAGCCGAGCAGGCCUUUCACAGCCUGGAGGCCCAAGACCGGGAGGAUUACGGGAAGGUCGAGGCGGCCAUCUUGCGCCAGGACACCCUCAGGAGGGAGAAGCAGCGGCAGCAUUUCCGCCGGUUUUGCUACCGGGAGGUGGAGGGGCCGCGGGGGGCGUACAGCCAGCUGUGGGAGCUGUGCCGCGGGUGGCUGCGGGUGGAGAGGCACUCCAAGGAGCAGAUCCUGGAGCUGCUGGUCCUGGAGCAGCUGCUGACCAUCUUGCCGCAGGAAAUGCAGAGGUGGGUCCGGGAACACGGGCCGGAGACUUGCGCGCAGGCCGUGGCCCUGGCCGAGGAGUUCCUUCUCCGGCAGCAAGAGGACGAAAGAGAGGACAAACAGAUGCUGACACCAUUCGUGGAGAUGGCUGUGAGUUUCUCGGGUUGUUCAUCUGACCUCCGGCCACAACUGCUAUGCAGGGAAACCAGACCAAGAAGUGAUGCUGUGCUUUUAAAUUACACACAAAUCGGGGAAUGUGAAGAAACUAAGUAUCAGCCAGAGAGACCCAAGCAAGCGGAACCACCCAGAAGAAGGGCUGGAGACUUCUUUUCCCAGGUCCAUGCCCUUGAAGACGAACAUGGAUCAUUGAAGCAGCUCAGAGACCAUUGCUCGAGGAUGGCCGGGGAGAGGCCAAUCUCCUUCGCGCCUGACAAGGAGUCCUUAAGCAACACCCACGAGUGGCCAAAGCCAAAUCCGCACGCUGGGACUGAGGAAGGUUUCAGACAGGGUCCUGGUUUCCAUAUAUGUGAAAAAGCAGACAGCCAGGAGGGUCCCUUCCAGUGUGCGGAGUGUGGGAAAAUGCUCAGCCGCAAGGACCACUUGAAGCGACACCAGCGGAUCCACAUGAGGGAAAACAAAGCGCACCCGUGUUCGUAUUCUGACACGUGCUUCCCGCAAAGGCCGGACCUCGUUUUCCACGAGAGACUCCACACGGGGGAGAAGCCACACAUGUGCUCGGCUUGCGGGAAGGACUUUAGAAGUACUUGUCAGCUGACGGUUCAUGAACGGAUCCACACUCGGGACAAGCCAUUCAAGUGCUCGGCUUGCAGCAAGGGCUUCAGCCAGAAGGCCAACCUGGCGGUCCACGUGAGGACGCACACGGGGGAGAAGCCCUACAAGUGCUCCAUCUGCGAGAAGACCUUCAUUCAGAAGUCCCACCUGAUGAAGCACGAGAGGAUCCACGCCAAGAAGACCUGCAACUGUUUCGCCUGGAAAGAGCUCCCACUGGAAGAGGCGGAAGCAUUAUGCAAGUCUUCUGUGUGAAGAAAGAACCUCAUUUCUAAUAUGUAGCUUGCUUCCCAUGCAAGGCUCAAUACUAGAGAAACAUGGAUAAGUGCUUCCUCUCUCUUCCUAUCACAGAAUCCACAAGGAGGAAAAAUGUG